AUGCCUUUGCGUUACAUGGAAUCCGAUCAACAAUUAUGGCAAGUGAUGUCUUCGACAAAUACAUUUCAAAUGGAUAUGGAAAGGGCUGAAACCAUGAGGAAACGUAUGAGAUCUGUUGAAGAGAAGGAAUCACCAGAUGUAGUAGAUGGAGCAAUAGUAGAGGUUGCAGAAGAAGAUACAGAGACAAAUCCUCCUGUAUCUGAACACAUGGAGGUUUCUAUGAACCAAAUUCUUGAAAAGAUUGAUCAAUUUACUCAGCAGGUGUCUGAACUUCUUGAAUCUGGGAAAUCAUUCCUGAGAGAAUUGACUACUGAAUUUGAAGAACGAAUGAUAGCAAUACACAAGGAACAGAUGGAAAAAUGGCAAGAUGAAAUCAAAGAACUUCGCCUCCUUGAUGCUUCAAAUGAGGAAAUCAAUGCUCUUUUACAGCAUGCUCAGGUUUUACUUCACAGUGUUCGUAAUGACCCCUGA